CCGUUGGUCUAUAAGCUUCAUCUCUUUUUUUCUAGCGUGUCCUUUCCUUUCGGCUAAUCACCCUAUGGUCAAUACCUACACCUGCUAAAUAUUUGCACAUUUCGACAGAGUAAAAGGCAAUAUGGAUGAUUUUGACAUGCUCAACUCACCGGCCACUGGUAACGGCGUCGGCUCAGAUGAGGACCCCGCCGCGGCGUUUUUGGCCCAACAGGAGAGCGAAAUUGCGGGGAUUGAAAACGACGAAGGCUUCAGCAUCCUGGACAGUGGAGACGUCCCUUCGUCGCUGGCGGAUUCCAACGAUGGUGCUGUCAAUGGAGAGUUCCAUGGGGAAAGCAACGGCCCAUCUGAUUCCUAUGCAGCAAUUUCCAACGCCGACCGCCUGCAGGCAGAGCCUGAAAGCCUUCGCAAAUGGAGGGAGGAGCAAAGAGAGCGACUGGAGAUACUUGAUGAUAACUCUCGCAAGCAAGAGUCCGAGUGGAAGACCAAGGCCAAGGUGGAACUUGAGGAAUGGCAUGCCAGACAAAAUGAGCAACUGGAGAAAACCAAAGCCAAUAACAGGGCGGCUGAGGAGGCCAUGAUUUCAGACAUGGACGAGAACAACCCAGGCACGGAAUGGGAGCGAGUGGCUCGCCUGUGCGACUUCAACCCAAAGUCCAGCAAGCAGGCCAAAGACGUGUCCCGCAUGCGAUCCGUCCUCAUCUCCCUGAAGCAGUCCCCGCUUGUCCGCUAGGCUGGGCUGCACAUCAUUCAGUAUCACCAUUAAUGCAAACACAACCAACAUCUUGAUGACCCACAUCUGUAUUUGGAAGAAUUAUUCCCCUUCCGUCUAUACCUGUUCGCUGGUUUUCUGUUGUGGACGGAUAUAGCCAACGAUUUCAAACCACGCAGAGUAUUCUUUUCCUGACCGGCCUAGCCUCGGAACAUCAAAUCACUGUUUAGCCACUGAAUAUUUUUUCAAUGGCGUGUCCUCCUACCAAUGAAAUGCAAGUCCAUCAAGCCAGCGGAUGGUACCAGUCCCAUCAUACCAUGCUGUAAUCCCCUCAACCUCUUGUAAGAUUUCAUUUAUACCUUCCUGUUUAAAACCUCACAUCAAUGUGAUCUGAUUAUUUUUCUGUUUAAGGACCAAAUUAAAAAAAAAAAUCAGUAAGUGUAUUUUUAAGUGUCAGUGUAGUGCCUGCUUGUGUUCAAUCUAUGCAUCUCCUUUUGAAAAGCGCCUAGUCUACUGGGAAUAGUCCAUUACAUUACAAUUCAAACAUGUUGAUAGCGCAGUGUGUGUGUGUGUGUACGUACUUCAUGUUCACCUAUGUACAUAUACAGAAGGCAAUAUAUAAACAGAAUUUUAAACCUAUAUGUUGAAAAAAUCUGACUGUUGUGGUUUUGAAGAGAACAAAAUAUACGUCAAGUGUUGUUUGACCAUGCAUGUCCAUUGCCCACUUGUUUCAAUAUCAGUAAAGAAUGAUUCAAAACA